CAUAAAAGUCUCUCUUUUGGGGUUGUACACUUUGUCUUCCUUUUCCCAUUCUUGCUUUUUUCUUCUUGUGGAUGGUUGGCCGUGACGACGACCGGGUGAUGAUGCCGUUCUUCUGAUGAAACCAACCAUUUAAUCGAUCAAUCGACUCUUUCUUGUUAAGUUCCGGGAGAAACUCUUAGAUAGAUUGUGGAGAAAAUCCAUCUGAUUGAAGGCGGGCGGCUGUCUUUUUUUGAAGUCAACGCGCAAUUAUCUUCCUCUUCUUAUUAUUGUUCUUUGAGAAGGGUUGAAUUGCCUCUCUUGGACGUUUCAUCUGAAGUUCUUUCAGAAAAGUUUGAGAAUCAGAAGGUGAUCAGAAAAUGGGUGAUCAUGUAGUUGUGCAUGUUGAUCGCCUGAUAACACCUGAAACACCUGAAUCUGGUCCAGGAGGUCCAUCUGGAGAAGGGCCUUCCUUGAGCAGUACUACUGUUGAUUCUUCAUCGCCGGAGAAUGCCGCUGAUAAAACUGUGGAUGAGCAGGAGGUUUCUGAUGAGGAGAAACCUCUUCUGCAGAUAGGAGAAUGCAGGAUUUGUCAAGAGGAGGACCAUAUAAAGAAUCUUGAGAACCCUUGCGCUUGCAGUGGCAGUCUGAAGUAUGCCCAUAGGAAGUGCUUGCAACGUUGGUGCAAUGAAAAAGGUGAUAUCACAUGUGAGAUAUGUCAUCAGCAAUAUAAGCCUGGUUAUACUGCUCCACCUCCUCGAUCUCAAGCUGAUGAGACUACCAUAGAUAUUAGUGGAGGCUGGGCGAUCUCUGGGACUACACUGGAUUUGCAUGAUCCUCGCCUCUUAGCAAUGGCAGCUGCUGAACGUCAUUUCUUGGAGUCUGAGUAUGAUGAGUAUGCUUCUACGAAUGCCAGUGGUGCUGCAUUCUGCCGGUCUGCUGCACUCAUUUUAAUGGCUCUUCUGCUUUUGAGGCAUGCACUGACCAUUACUAAUCCUGAUGGGGAUGAAGAUGCAUCUACCUUUUUCUCUCAGCUUUUCCUACUUCGUGCUGCUGCAUUUCUUUUGCCUUGCUAUAUUAUGGCUUGGGCAUUCAGUAUUUUGCAAAGGAGACGCCAAAGACAGGAAGCUGCAGCAUUGGCGGCGGCAGAGUUGGCAUUUGUAUUGCAGUCCGGACGAGCAAGAGGGCUGCAGCUGACAGUGGCACCAGCUGCUGCGCUGGCUGCUCACGAGCCUUUCCAAUAAAUAGCAAAUUAAAGGACGAGGAUGGUGGUCCAGUGAGGCUUGUAUGAUGUAAUUUCCUUUCCUGUUGCGCGGGACAAAUACAUGGUUGUCUUUGUAGGUUGAUGUGGACGCAGACGUUGCCUGAGAGGGGAUGCAGGGUGAGGGUUCUCUCUGCUUUUAUAUGGAACUUAUCGUUCCAACGAUAUCUUUAUUAUUGGUGAAUUUAUCCAGGUGUAAAUAAUUUUCCAGAUGGGAAGGAAGGUUAAAAAAUGAAAAAAAAUUGGCACUCACUUAAAUAA